AUGUCGUUCACAGUCAAGACUGAAAGUGACCUGUCAUUAUUAGCAAACCUACCGACAGCAACUGUCAAUACUACCAGUAACUCCCCAGCUGGUGCCCCCAACCCAUCCACCAUCAGUCCCAGUCCUACGGCCGCCGCUUCGACCUACACCUCCACCGACACCUCGACCGAUACCUCGACCGACACUUCGACCGAUACCUCAGCUGAUUCCAUUAAAGUCAACUCCAUCAAAGUCGACGUCGUGUCCCAAAAUGAAGUCAGUGACGGUCAACUGUGCUCCAACUGUGGCACAAAAACCACUCCUCUCUGGCGCAGGUCCACCAACGGCACUCUCAUCUGUAAUGCCUGUGGCCUCUAUUUACGCUCCAACAAUACGAAUCGGCCCGUCAACCUCAAGAAAACUCCCAACCUCAUCACAGUCGAAAACAAGAAACAUGGUAGCUGUGCCGGUGAUGGCCAGUGCAACGGUACCGGUGGUAGCGCCGCCUGUAAAGGCUGCCCCGCCUACAACAACCGGAUGUUUUUAAAAAAAAUACACGAGGAGGAAAAACCAAAGGCUCCCACCCCACAGCUGGAUGACCUCGCCAUCGCCUGCUUCAACUGCAACACCACCAUCACCCCGUUGUGGCGCCGCGACGACGGUGGUAACACCAUCUGUAACGCCUGUGGCCUUUACUAUAAAUUACACGGACUGCACCGGCCGGUGAGAAUGAAAAAGGCUACCAUCAAACGAAGAAAGAGAAACAUUGACAAGGAGAAGCCAUCAUCAGCUGCGUCUGAAAUUGAUAUCAACGAGCAAGAAAAGUUGGCUGCAGCCGCCGCCUCGCCCCAGUCGGUGGUGCUGACAGUAAUGACAGUCUCCCCCAAGCUCUCAUUAAGGUCGCCAGCCCAUAUGGAUACCCCAAUCCAACACAAGCACUCAUCGCCCCGCCAUGCCACGCCGCCCCAGGGAGACCUGUCGGUACUCCUGCUCGCACGCCCGGCCCUGGCAGGUCCGACUCUAGGCCAAGCUUUCAUGCCCAUAUCCAUGCCCAUGUCCAUGCCCCAACUUCCUCCUGCUCCCCAGCCGUUCUACCCGUACCCCAUGGCCCAACACCAUUUCCCACCGUACAACGGCUCUGGCCGUAUCCCCAAUGGACCUGGACCCUUCCCAGGACCCCCUCCUCCAAACGCAUACAACCUCCCACCACCCAGACCCGCUUCACAGCCAUCUGUCCCCAUCAAACUCCCUUCAAUUCACAAUUUUGGAACCCACCCUGCCACCAUCGCACGCCCGUUGAUCUCUCCCAAUUCCCACUCCCAAUCACGCGCCUCCUCAUCAUGCCUGUCAUCCAUGGUAGGUCUGAAUGAUGUACCACCCCAUAACCCCCAACAGUCUCCUGUCCUCAAGCAGGAGUCUACACCUCCACGGGAGCACAAGGCGUUGAUGACCGACUUGUCCGUACCGGUCAAGAGUAACAAAAUCUCAAUUGGUGGCUUGUUGAAUGAAGGAACCCUGUAG